AUGGUUCUCCCCUUUGGCCUCGCCAGCGCGCCCAGGGUCUUCACCAAAACUAUGGUUGUCGUGGCAGCAUUUCUCCAUCUUCAGGGGAUCAGUGUCUACCCAUACAUCAACGACUGGCUUCUGGUUGCUGACUCCAGGCUUCUACGUCACAUACAGGAUACUCUCAGGUUGCUUAACACGCUGGGCCUUCGGGUGAAUACCGAAAAGUCCCACCUACAACCUGCCCAAUGGGUACAGUACAUAGGCACGUGCCUGGACUCCAUUGGCUGCCGAGCCUUCCUGCCACAGGAUAGGGCCCGGCACAUCAUCAACCUCGCCAAAUGUGUUGCCUCUCAGCCCACGGUAACGGCACUGCUGAUACAAUGGCUACUUGGCCUGAUGGCCGCCACUACGUCGGUCCUCGUCUUUGCGAAACUGCGGAUGCGCCCUCUUCAACUAUGGUUCAUCCGCAAUUUCGAUCCGGUUGUGUCAGAGUUCCACCUUCAGGCGGAGAUUUUCCUGCCGGACUUCUAUCCUUCCCCGAAGUCUCCGGAGGAACGUCUCUACCACACAUUGGACACAAAGCGGGCACUCCUCUUCUACUUACAGAGGACUCACCCUACCAAGCGCGUCGGGCGAAUUGCAGGAGGGAAGAAACCUGGACUCUGUUCCCUUUGUUUAAAGUCACCAGAUCCCGAGAGGACUAGCGCCCACAUGAUCUCGGCAGAUGAUGCAGAGUAUCCACGGGAAUACCGGACCCUGGGCAACGGCACACGCCGCUUCUCCAAUGUAGGGCUGGUGCACACCUCAGAACGCCGGCACACUGUCAUCGCGGCCCAAAGCCUGGAAGCCCUUACAGGGCUCCAGAAAUCUGAGAUGGAACGGAAGCGGGAUGCCUUUAUGGAUCACUUGAAGAGCAAGUACCCCCAGCAUGCCCUGGCAAUCCGAGGUCAGCAGGAGAGGAUCCGGGACCAGCAACCCAACUACUGGAGCUUUAAGACCCGAAGUUCCCGGCACAAUCAAGGUUCCCAGCCUGGCUUGGCUGAUCAAGCCAAACUCUCCUUUGCUUCAGCCGAGUCCUUGGAAACCAUGUCUGAAGCUGAGCUGCCCAUCGGGUUCAACAGAAUGAACCGCUUCCGGCAAAGCCUGCCUCUCUCCCGUUCCACCAGCCAAACAAAACUCCGGUCACCAGGCAUCCUCUUCCUGCAGUUCGGGGAUGAGACGAGAAGGGUUCACAUCACCCACGAAAUCACUAGCAUGGAUACGCUGCACGCCCUCAUCGUCCACAUGUUUCCUCAGAAGCUAACGAUGGGGAUGCUGAAGUCACCCAACACUGCCAUCCUGAUCAAGGACGAAUCCCGCAAUGUUUUUUAUGAGCUGGAGGAUGUCAGGGAUAUCCAGGACAGAAGCAUUAUCAAAAUCUACCGGAAAGAGCCCCUCUAUGCCUCCUUCCCUGGAUCCCACAUCACCAAUGGUGACCUGCGGAGAGAAAUGGUCUACUCUUCCAGGGAGUCCUCCCCCACCCGACGCCUAAACAGCAUGUCCCCUGCUGCUCACCUCACCUCUGGCUCUCCUCCGCCGGUGCUCCAGUCAUCCUCCCCAUCCCGGUCCCGCAUGUCUUACAGCGGUGGGCGCCCACCUUCCUACGCUGGCAGCCCUGUGCACCAUGCAGAACGCCUCUCCAACCUGCCUCCGGCCCAGGGUGUAUCACCCAGCCCGAGUGCUAUCCUGGAACGGCGGGAUGUCAAACCAGAUGAGGAUCUGGCUGGGAAGAACAUGGUACUGGUGAAAAAUGAGGGCCUGUACGCUGACCCCUAUGGCAUGGUGCAUGAGGGACGCUUGAGCAUUACAUCCACUCAGUCAUUAGCGGGGAUAGGAGACCCAUUUGCCUACCCUGGCGGGCUCUACAAGCGGGGUUCGGUCCGUUCUCUCAGCACCUAUUCGGCUGCUGCCCUGCAAACGGAACUGGAAGAUAGCUUAUAUAAGCCCAAUGCGCAGAUCUAUAGUGAUACCUACGGUCCAGGGAUGGGCUUCCGCUUGCCUCCGUCAUCCCCCCAGAAAAUUGCCGAUGGACGGCUGGUGGAUGUCCAGCAGAGCCAAAGUCCACACAGCCCUUACUCAGGGCCUCCCAGCCGGUCCUCACCGGUCCGCCAGUCCUUCCGCAAAGACUCUUGCUCCUCAGUAUUCAUGGAAAGCCCCGUCAACAAGCCCCGGAACCCAAGCUCUUCAGGGCCUUCAGAGCUCUUCCCCGGACCUGGGGAACGCCCGCUUUCUGGGUUCAGCUCACCUGUGCCUGCCAAGGAUACGGAAACAAGGGAACGGAUGGAAGCGAUGGAGAAACAGAUUGCCAGCCUUACGGGAUUGGUGCAGAGUGCGUUGAUGCGAAGUUCUGAUGCGGAAACCCCCAACGAGAGGACAGAAGGAACCAACGGAGGGACGCCUCCAUCAGCACCCCCCAGCCGAAGCAGUGUAGGGACCCCAGUGCCUGUCCCCCCACCCCCAUCUGCGACUGGUACGCCGGCCGGGCAGCCCACAGCCAUCACCCGCCUGCAUAUGCAGCUGCACCUUCAUGACCUGCAGCAGAACGCCAGUGACCUCCGUAACCAGCUGCAGCAACUCAAAAAACUUCAGCUGCAAAACCAAGAGACAGUGAAGACGAUGCUGCGGAGGACAGAGACAGAGAUCAGUGUCCGGGUGAUGGACACCAUGCGCAAGCAGGAAGACCCCUUGCAGCGCCAGCGCACCCUGGUGGAGGAGGAGCGCCUACGCUACCUCAACGAGGAAGAGCUCAUCACCCAGCAGUUAAACGACCUGGAGAAAGCUGUGGAGAAGAUCCAGAAGGAUUUCAGCCACAGCCACCGCCUUAUCUCUCCGCAAGAGCUGGAGGAAAAGUCCUUGGUGCUUAAACAGCUGGGAGACACCUUGACAGACCUGAAGGCUAAUUUCCCCAGCCUGCAGAGCAAAAUGCGCGUGGUCCUUCGUGUGGAAGUUGAGGCCGUGAAGUUCCUCAAGGAAGAGCCCCACCGGCUGGACGGCCUGUUCAAGCGCUGCAAGACGGUGACGGACACCCUGGCCCAAGUUCGCAGGCAAGUGGAUGAUGGUGUCUGGGACUCCUCCAGUAACCUUCUCAGCCAGUCUCCAAAGAAGGUGGAGCCAGAAAGCGACUUCAGCAAGGGCCUGGAUUUCGAGAUGCCCACCAGUCCCCCAAUGAACCUCCACGACCUGACCUCUUCGACCGACAGCCUGGGCACAAGCAGCUUUGGGCAAAGUCCUGGGCAGAGCCACAUCUCCAAGAGCAGCAACCCGUCCCGGGGGUUGGAGAUGGUUGUAAUCAAGACCCAGAUGGGGUCCGAGACCCCCAGCAAAAGGAAUGUGGACAGAUCGGUGUCUAUGGAGGCUGCAGAGCGGGACUGGGAGGAGAAGCGGGCAGCCUUGACCCAGUACAGCGCCAAGGACAUUAACCGCCUCCUGGAAGAGACCCAAGCGGAGCUGAUGAAAGCCAUCCCUGACUUGGAGUUUGCGGCUAAGCACAAACAGACCUCCAGCAGUGGCGGCAGUGGAAGUGCGGCCUCCACCCCCGAGCACAAGCCCCCCAAGCCCCAGCACGCACAGAAGACCACGGCCAAAAUGGACCUCAAUGGGCGCCGGGGGUCAGAUGAGUUGACGGUGCCUAGGUAUCGAACCGAGAAGCCCUCCAAGUCUCCUCCCCCGCCCCCACCUCGGCGAAGUUUCCCGUCCUCCCAUGGCCUCACAACCACUCGCACAGGAGAAGUGAUUGUCACCAGCAAAAAGGAAUCCAGCUUUAUGAAGAAAGCAGAGUCAGAAGAGCUGGAGACGCAGAAGCCGCAGGUGAAACUGAGGAGGACUGUCUCGGAGGUUGCCCGGCCAGCUUCGACUCCACCCAUCAUUGCCUCUGCCAUCAAAGAUGAUGAUGACGAAGACAGGAUCAUUGCUGAACUCGAGGUCUUUCAAAGAAGCUCUUCAUUUAUUCCUAAGUUCCGUUGCGACCAGCUUGCACCAACCGCAGAAACGUGGCCCAAUGGGGCCACUGUAGCACCAGAAGGAUGGAAGAAUCAAAAAUCCCCCAUGAACAAGGAUGCAAUUGAGUAUGAUAUGGAAUCCAUGCAGGAGCCCUCAGAACUGGUGUGUCCCCUUGCAGGAGAAGAAAAGAUAAACUUAAAGAGCAAACCAGAAGACCAGCAAAAGGAACACAUGUCUCUCGAUAACACAACUUUAAGCAGUCAUGAGAUUUGCAAAGAUACCUACCGAAGACUGGACAACUUGGAAGAGACCAUCAGAGAACUUGAAAUGGCUAUCAGUGAAAUCAGCUUCCCUGCACCAAUGGAAUUUACGUUUCCCCAACUGAGAUCGGUUGACACUGAGAAAGAAGAAAGAAAGAGCGGCAGCGGCGUCUCCAUCCCAGCCAUGAAGAUGGUCAACCCAGCAUCGCGGCUGAAGCAAACGCAGCAGGGCAGCCCAGACAAAAGCAAACACAUAAAGCAACGCAUGGAAUACAUGCGCAUCCAGGGACAGCAACAGGCCGCUAGAUCAACCAAGGACCCUAGCACGAUGAAUGAGACUUCAAGCCCUGUCUCAGAAAAACCUUCUUCGGGCAGGACCUCCAUCCCAGUACUGACUUCCUUUGGGUCACGGAACUCCUCCAUUUCAUUCUAA